AUGGACAAUUUUUAUCUGUUUGUAUCUAUUUCUCUCUGUAUCUAUUCAUGUUUCUUUGAAACUACCACUUUUUCUCAGUAUAUCUAUCACAGUCAGAUAAUCUCACGAGUCCAUUCAGAUGAACGCACUAAUAAGACAAAUAGCAAACAAAAGAAGAAAUGCUCGUGUACGCAGCUGGCACAGAAUGUCAAUACCACCAGCCUGCGUUCGGCACAACAACACAACGCGAAAUCAUGUCUCUCUUUCUCUAUUUUACUAUCUAUCUAUCUAUCUAUCUAUCUAUCUAUCUAUCUAUCUAUUACUUCCACUUAUCUUCAACUAAACAUUAUUUCUUUUUUAUUCUUUAUUUUUUUCACUUUUAACUUUGCCUCUCUGAUCUAUCUAUCUAUCUAUCUAUCUAUCUAUCUAUCUAUCUAUCUAUCUAUCGCUCAAACUUUUCAUAUCUAUCUAUCUAUCUAUCUAUCUGUUACUUCCACUUAUCUUCAACUAAACCUUUUCUUAUUUCUUUUUUCUUUCACAUUUAACAUUGUCCCACUAAUCUAUCUAUCUAUCUAUCUAUCUAUCUAUCUAUCUAUCUAUCUAUCUAUCUAUCUCUCAAACUUUUCAUAUCUAUCUAUCUAUCUAUCUAUGUAUCUAUCUAUCUAUCUAUCUAUCUAUCUGUUACUUCCACUUAUCUUCAACUAA